AUGGGUGACAAACGCAAGGCUACCGACAAUGUCGAGGAGGCGACCGACCUGGUGAAGCAGGCGAAGCAGGAAAAGAAGGAGCGCAAGGAAAAGAAGCGCAAGCUCGCCGCUGAGGCUGAGACUGAGACUGAGUCUACUGAUAAGAUGGAUGUUGACGAGAAGGAGGAGAAGAAGGAGAAGAAGGAAAAGAAGGAGAAGAAGGACAAGAAGGAAAAGUCCGAGAAGAAGGAAAAGAAGGAGAAGUCCGAGAAGAAGGAAAAGAAGGACAAGAAGGAGAAGAAGGACAAGAAGGAGAAGGUUGAGGAGACUGAGAAGGUCGAGGAGAAGGUCGAGGAACAGGCCGAAGAGAAGGCCGAGAAGAAGGAAAAGAAGGAUAAGAAGGACAAGAAGGAGAAGAAGGACAAGAAGGAAAAGACCACCGACGAGACCACUGCUACUGCUGAAGAGCAGGCGCAGCCCGAGCAGACUGAACAGACCGAGCAAACCGAGGAAGCUUCCAAGGACAAGAACUCUCGAUUCAUCUGCUUCGUCGGCAAUCUUCCCUUCUCCGCAAACACCGAGUCCGUCACAAAGCACUUCGAAAAGAACCCUCCCGCCAGCGUGCGUGUCGCCACCAACAAGGACGACGCCAAGAAGCGCAGCCGUGGCUUUGCUUUCAUCGAGUUCGACAACUACGACCGCAUGAAGACCUGUCUCGCUCUAUACCACCACUCCACCUUCGACGACGGAAAGUACCCGCCUCGUCGCAUCAACGUCGAAUUGACUGCUGGCGGCGGUGGUGCCAAGUCCGAUCACCGCAAGGCGAAGAUCCAGGCUAAGAACGAGAAGCUGAACGAUGAGCGCCAGCGCAAGGCCCUGGAGGCCAAGAAGGUCCAGAAUAAGCAUGACCAUGACAAGCGCUCUGCGCCCAAGGGCCCUACCGGUGCCAAUGCUGUUGCUGGCGGUGAUGAUGAUGAUAAGUUUGCCGGUGUGCACCCUAGUCGUCGGGGUCAGUUGUGGUAG